UGCCUGUAAUACGCUGAUCCUUGUGUCAUUCUCUUGCUUUUCUCUAAGCUUUCAAUCCAAAAUCAUCCUACACUCAUCCUUAUAUCAUUCUCUUUCUCUUUCUCUUUCUUUUCUCUAAGCUUUGAAUCCAAAAUCAUCAUCAUCAUGGUUCAGGAGAAGAAGCUCGUGGAUGAAGUGUCCGGUUGGCUCAGACUUUAUGAUGACGGUUCAGUGGACCGGAUAUGGACCGGUCCACCCGAGUUCAAGUUCAUGGCUGAAGCGGUUCCUGCUCAUGAGCAAUUCGUUGACGGCGUCGCGACCCGUGACGUCAUCAUCGAUGGCAAGUCAGGCCGCCGCGUUAGGCUUUAUCUUCCAGAGACAUCAGCUGCCGCAGACACCGGCAAGCUCCCGGUGCUCCUCCACUUCCACGGCGGUGGGUUCUGCAUAAGCGAAGCCGACUGGUUCAUGUACUACCAUGUGUACACCCAGUUCGCCCGGUCGGCCCGAGUCAUCUGUGUCUCCCCUUAUCUCCGGCGAGCCCCGGAGCACCGUCUUCCUGCCGCCAUGGACGACGGGCUAUCGUCGCUUCUAUGGCUUCAAUCCGUCGCUAAAGGCGACUCCCAUGAUCCAUGGCUCUCUAAACAUGCCGACUUCAACCGUGUCUUCCUCAUCGGAGACAGCUCUGGCGGCAAUGUUGUCCACGAGGUGGCCGCGAGAGCUGGGAAUUUAGAGCUAAGCCCGGUGAGGUUGGCCGGCGGGGUGCCGAUCCACCCGGGUUUUGUCCGGUCGAAGAGGAGCAGGUCAGAGCUAGAGAAGCCUCAAACACCGUUCUUAACCGUGGACAUGUUAGACAAGUUCUUGAGCUUGGCGUUGCCGGCGGGUAGCAACAAGGACCACCCGAUAACCUGCCCGAUGGGCGAAGGUGCGCCGCCGAUGGAGGGGCUGAAACUGCCGCCGAUUCUGCUGUGCGUGGCGGAGAUGGACUUGAUAGUAGACACAGAGAUGGAGUAUUAUGACGCCAUGAAGAAGGCCAACAAAGAAGUGGAGCUAUUUGUGAGUUCGGGUAUGACCCAUAGCUUUUACCUGAACAAAGUUGCGGUGGAUUCGGACCCAAAUACGGGUCGCCAAACGCGAGAUCUAAUUGCAAAGGUGACAGAGUUCGUUGAUAACCACUGAAGCUGGUAGGUGUAGUAAGAAGGAGCAGUCAUAUGGUACUUUUCGGUUAAUUUAUAAUUAAUGUGAUAACAUUGGUGUGCCUUAGAUUCGAGCCUUUUAACUUUUAUAAGUAAAGUAAUAAUAGAAUAUGGCGAUGUGCUUUUUAUUGCACUUUAUUUGUAUUUUUGUAAUCCUUUUCCUAUAUGAAUGGAAGGAAUGUAUUUUUGGA